UUAUCAGGGGAGAAAUCAAAUCUCAAAGGAUUGCUGCGCUACCAGUUCAUUCGGUUUGCAAAUGCUCAAACCCGACUUUAUGUUUUUUUCUAUGCCACAGUCAACUCUGAAAACAUUAAGGACUCUCCCGAUGGAUUCUGGCUCAGUAUCGAGGAAAUGAAAAGCUCUUUAGAGCCGGAUUCCAGCCUUCACCUUCUUGGCCUUGACCCAAUCAAACUCGCCCAGCAAGUCCUGGACUGCAAAGGAAAUUCUGUGCCAGCAACAACCAUGGGAGAGCUGUCCGCUGACAUCUACGACAUCGCAGCAGAAAACACACAGAUGUCAGCUCAUGAGGCCCUGGUCAAGUCAGCAAAAUUGGGCAAGAAAGAACAAGAGAUGCUGUUUCAAGAAUGUAUUGAGCAGUGCCAUCCCAGCCAGUACAUGAACUUCACAACAUUCUCCCACUACAUGACCAGCCUCAAGGGAGCUCGGCAGGACACGGUUGAGGCUCUUUUCAGGGCAUUUGACGCACACAAACGACACAUGCUAACAAGCAAGGAUGUCCUGCAUGGCCUUGCAGCACUGGAGCCUUGUACACAACAUGGAGGUCUGCCCGCUGAGAUGAGGUGUCGCUACAUGUUCCGCUACUAUGAUGCAAACGGGGAUGGAUAUUUGAAUUUUGAUGAGUUUAAGGCAUUGGUCAAAGACAUUCGAGAUCAUAAAGGUCUGCCCAAUGAUGAAGUCUCCUUGAUGGAGGAAACGUUAAACAGUGCAAAGUUAUUUGGUGAAGAGGUCAAAGAUCAGCUGCCUAGCGCAGAUUUCCUGACAGCUGUAGGCUCGCUGAAGUUCCGAGGCACAUCCAUCUUGUUUCGGUUACCCCAGUCGUGUAUGACCAAUCUCCGCUUAGCUCGAGAAGGAGUCCCAUACAGCGACAGUGAUAGUGACAGUAAAGAGGAGCCACCCACAAAACGGUCCCGGCCAAAAUUGUUACAUUCCUUGAAACCGAAAGAGUCAAAACAAGACAAAGAAGACUCGUUGUUUAAACAGCCUGAAGGAAGAGCUCCAUCGUCGGUGACAUCCAAAGUGGCAAAGUAUGAUCUGGCAACACACACGGUCAGGGUGAAACGUACAGGGACACUGGCCGAGGUCAUGGCCUUGUGGGAUCUACAGGGUACAGCAGCUGUCAGUGGGAGCGCCAACAACCAUCUGGAGGGAGAUGUGUCCCGCUUCCAGAGACUUCAUUCUAUUGAUGCCUUCAAUGUGAGAUCCCACCCCAAUGAAAUGUUGACUGGUCUCCGCUACUUUGAGAGAGCAACAAAAGGGGAUAAUGGAGUUGGUCCCAAGCCUGCCUUUGAUUGGGGCCAGGUGGACAGAAAUGCCUUGGCAAAAUGCCUGCUGACUGUAUGUAGACAAGUCAAGGAAGUUUUGGCUGGGGAGCCGAGAUUGCUGAAGCUGAGAUCGCCCUGUUACAUUCUGGGUGACAUUCAUGGAAACUACUGUGACCUGGUCACCUUUGAGAAGGCCUUGUGGAGGAUGGGUCCAAACCUGACCCCGGCCUCUUUCUUGUUUCUUGGAGAUUAUGUUGAUCGUGGGGACUAUGGCAUUGAGGUGGUUUCCUACCUGUUUGCUCAAAAGCUGCUGGCACCACAUAAAUUCUUUAUGUUGAGGGGCAACCAUGAACUGAGGAGUGUGCAGGAGAUGUUUCAUUUCAAAUCCGAGUGCCUGGAGAAGUUUGGGGACACAGUGGGAAUGCAGAUCUGGGAUGCUGUCAACGAGUGCUUUGAUGUCAUGCCCAUAGCAGCAACAGUGGAUGAUAAAGUGUUCUGUGUCCACGGUGGGAUCCCCAGCCCAGAGAACGAGGGAGGAAACAUCGAAGCCAUCAACAGAAUCCCAUCUCCGCUGUCAGACCCAGAGUUAGAGAGCCCUCUGGCAUGGGAGCUUUUGUGGAGUGAUCCACUGAGCAGCUCAGACAAACUGACAGAUGCCACAAUCCAAGAACUGCAAGAAAACCACGGAUUUACAUUCAACACCAGAAGAGGAACCGCCCACUUCUUCAGCUGUGAGGCCUUAUGUGCCUUCCUGGAGAGAAACGGCUUGUCCCACGUAAUCAGGGCUCAUGAGGUCCAGGAGACGGGCUUCAAGGUACAGCAGCAAGGGAAGCUACUCACUGUGUUCUCUUCAUCCCGUUACUGUGGGGGUUCCAACGAAGCCGCCUGUGUUCUUGCAGACAACUACAAGCUCCGGCUGAUCCGUAUCGACACCGCAUAG